AUGGAACGGCCUAUAUCACUACUCCGCAUGUUACGAGCUACUGCAAUCUGCUUUAGACUCCGUGACAUGAUCAAGAAAUCACCGAACUCAUCACUCAAAACUCCGAUUACUUCUGACGAAGUAACUUCCGCACUCAACUUCUGUAUCAAAGAAACUCAACGCAUUCAUUUCUCAACUGAGAUCAACAUGCACUACAAACACGCACCAUGGUCUAAAGGUCAUCCAUUUGCUCGGUUGGUUGCAUUCAUAGACACCGAUGGCAUCAUUCGAGUAGGUGGACGAUUGGAGAACGCUCCAAAUCAAGACCAAAUCAAGCAUCCUGCUAUUCUACCACGGAAUGCGACACUCACUAAACUCAUCAUCUCUGAUGCUCAUCAGUGUACCAUGCAUGGUGGUACUCAACUCACUCUUGCAUUCAUCAGACAAAAGUACUGGAUCAUUGGUGGUAGACAACCAGUACGCUCAGUUAUACUCAAGUGUAUAAAAUGCGCACGACAUCGUGCUGAUAGAGCUCAACAACUCAUGGGUCAGCUACCAGUAUCAAGAGUCACUCCAUCAUCUGCAUUCACACACACUGGAGUUGACUACGCUGGUCCAAUAACACUCAAAAAUUGGAACCACCGAGGAGCAAAAACAUACAAAGGCUGGAUUUGUGUUUUUGUCUGCCUGUCUACGUCAGCAGUACAUCUAGAGGUAGUCAGCGACUACAGCUCUAGUGGGUUCAUAGCAGCACUCCGCAGAUUUUUCAGCCGACGAGGCAUCUGCACAGCACUCUACAGCGAUUGCGGAACGACGUUCAAAGGCGCUGAAAAGGAUCUCAACCGUCUGUUCACUCAAGGAACUCAAGAAUCAAGAGAAACACUGGAUCACAUCACUGUGAACAGUAUUACUUGGAACUUUAAUCCACCAGCAGCUCCACACAUGGGUGGAAAGUGGGAAGCUGCCGUCAAAUCACUCAAACACCACCUAACUCGAACAGUGGGAGAAUCUUCAUUCACGUUUGAAGAAUUUACGACUCUUCUUACGCAGAUUGAAGCUAUCCUAAACUCAAGACCAUUGGAGCCGAUUACUAAAGAUCCAGAUGACAUUGACGCACUCACUCCUGGUCAUUUUCUAAUUGGACGAGCACUCAACAUGAUUCCUGAACCAGCACUCAUCGAUACAACCAGUUCUCGAUUGACAAGAUGGCAAUUUAUUCAACAACGUGUUCAACAGUUCUGGAAUCAUUGGUCAACAAGUUACCUGCAAAGACAACUGGCAAUCACCAAGUGGCAACGUCCAACUCAUCAAAUUCAAGUUGGAUCACUUGUAUUACUCACCGACGAAAGGUUUCCACCAACCAAGUGGCCUCUCGCUCGUAUCAUUGCACUCCACCCUGGCAAGGAUGGAUAG